AUGUCCUUGUGCCCUCUACUUGGCCCUCGGGGGCAAAAAGCAGACCAGCUCACACACGCUAAGAUACAAGGGCUGGUCAGGUUUAAAAGUUUUCCCUUCUGUGGUGUCUGCGUUUCUUACAGGGGUGAAGACAUCUUAAACCAGAGGAGUGACUCUCUAGUCGUGGAAUUUCAGUCGUCAACCAGCCGAUGCAGGAGUGUCUAUGAACCAGAUAGAAAUGUGUUACGGAGGAAAGAACGAGAAAGGAGAAAUCAGGAGACUCAACAGGAUGAUGGCACAUUUAAUUCCAGUUAUUCCCUCUUCAGUGAACCCUACAAGACUAACAAGGGGGAUGAGCUCUCCAACCGGAUCCAGAAUACGUUAGGCAAUUACGAUGAAAUGAAGGACUUUUUAACUGAUAGAUCUAAUCAGAGUCAUCUCGUUGGCGUUCCCAAACCUGGGGUUCCUCAGGCUGCUGUGAACAAGAUCGAGGAACAUUUUGUUGCAGAUUCAAGAGCCCAGCCCCAGGCCUCCUCUGUGUGCAGCACUGCAUCUUCCACACCAGCGGCUGUCCCCGGGCAGCAGAGUAAGAGGGGCACCGUGGGCUGGCAGAAGGCUGGGCACCUGCCUCCCGACGGCCCACAGAGAGCAACACAACAGAGCUCUCUCAGGACCUUGCUUGGAGAUGGCGCUGGCAGGCAGCAGCCACGGGCCAAACAGGUGUGCAAUGUAGAGGUGGGUCUUCAGACCCAGGAAAGACCACCCGCUAUGGCAGCCAAGCACAGCGGCAGUGGACACUGUGUUCAGAACUUUCCUCCAUCCCUGGCUUCCAAACCCAGCCUGGUCCAGCAGAAACCGACCGCUUACGUGCGGCCGAUGGAUGGCCAAGAUCAGGCUCCCGAUGAGUCUCCGAAGCUUAAGUCGUCCACGGAAACCAGCGUGCACUGCACGUCAUACAGGGGCGUCCCGGCCGCCAAGCCAGAGUCCACCAGAGCCAAGGCCAAGCUUUCCAAGUUCAGCAUCCCCAAGCCAUCGGAGGAGAGUCGAUCUGGAGAAACCAACAGCUGUGUGGAAGAAAUAAUCCGGGAGAUGACCUGGCUUCCACCACUUUCUGCUAUUCAGCCGCCUGGCAAGGUGGAACCCAGCAAAUUUUCAUUCCCAAAUAAGGACUCUCAGCUGGUUUCCUCUGGACACAAUAAUCCAAAGAAAGGUGAUGCUGAGCCCGAGAGUCCAGACAAUGGCACCUCGAAUACAUCAAUGCUAGAAGAUGACCUCAAGCUAAGCAGUGAUGAAGAGGAGGGUGAACAGGCAGCCCAGGGAACCACGCUCCACGCUCUGUCUGACAGCGCCGGGGUCCAGCAGGCCAGCUGCAGAGCCUCGGUGCCCUCCAGCAAGGGCAGCAGCAGCGGCAGCAGCAGCAGCGGCAGCAGUUCGUCCAGCGACUCGGAGAGCAGCUCGGGAUCCGACUCCGAGAGCGAGAGCAGCUCCAGCGAGAGCGAGGGCAGCAAGCCCGCCCACUACUCCAGCCCCGAGGCUGAGCCCGCGUCCUCUAACAAGUGGCAGCUGGAUAAAUGGCUAAACAAAGUUAACCCCCACAAGCCGCCUAUUCUGAUCCAGAAUGAAAGCCACGGCCUGGAGAGCAGUCAGUACUAUGCCCCCGGGAAGGACCCCGCGCAGGACUGCGGGAAACUCGCCGACGGGUGCCAGGCCGGCCUGAGGGAGAAGGACGUCAAGAGCGCCUGCAAGGAAGAGCAGAGGCCAAGGACAGCCAACAAGGCCCCGGGGACGAAGGGGGUGAAGCAGAAGUCCCCGCCUGCGGCUGUGGCCGUGCCUCCGGAGCCCACCAAAGCCAGGCCCUGUGCCAACAGCAGGACGGGCCACCGCAAGGAGCUGCGCGCCUCGGUCACCUGCGAGAAGCGCCGCACGCGGGGCCUGAGCAGGAUCGUCCCCAAGUCCAAGGAGUUCAUCGAGACAGAGUCCUCAUCUUCGUCCUCCUCCUCGGACUCUGACCUGGAGUCGGAGCAGGAGGAGUACCCUCUGGCCAAAGCGCCGGUCGUGGCCGCCGCCUCUGCGAGUGACCAGAGGCUCAAGGAGGCCGCCGGCAGCAUCAGCAGCGGCGGCGGGCCCCGCGCACCCGUGGGCUCCAUCAACGCCAGGACCACCAGCGACAUCGCCAAGGAGCUGGAGGAGCAGUUCUACACGCUGGUUCCCUUCGGCCGCAACGAACUUCUCUCCCCGCUGAAGGACAGUGACGAGGUCAGGUCUCUCUGGGUCAAAAUUGACCUGACCCUCCUGUCCAGGAUCCCAGAACACUUGCCCCAGGAGGCCGCAGCCCUCAGCGCGCCUGCAGCCAAGGACGCUGAGAGCGCACCUCCAAGCCACCCAUCCGACACACCCGUAGAAAAGGCUUUGCCCAAAUCCAAGAGGAAACGCAAGUGUGACAACGAAGACGACUACCGGGAGGUCAAGAAGGCCCAGGGAGAGAAAGAGAGCUCUUCCCGGCAGGCCGCCUCUGCCAGUAACACUGUGUCUGCGAAUCCUUGCAACAUGAACGUCAGCAGCUUGGCAAUACCCAUCAAUAAAAAUGAAAAGCUGCUCCGGUCGCCCAUCUCACCCCUCUCCGACGCCUCUAAACACAAAUACUCCAGCGAGGACUUGACGUCUUCCAGCAGGUCCAGCGGCAGUGGCUUGUUCCCUUCCACCGCCUCCAACAAAAAGCUCAAGGCGGAGAGCCAGCUGCCGGCUCAUGCCGCAGACCUCACGAAAGCAGCUCACCACAGCUCGGAAAGUGUUCUCCACAAGCCACGGCCACAGACGGAACCGUGGUCCCCGGGCUCCAGCGGCCACCGGGACUGCAAGAGGCAGAAACUCGUUUUCGACGACAUGCCGCGCAGUGCAGAUUAUUUUAUGCAAGAAGCUAAGCGGAUGAAGCAUAAGGCAGAUGCAAUGGUGGAAAAGUUUGGAAAGGCUUUGAACUACGCCGAAGCAGCCUUGUCAUUCAUUGAGUGUGGAAAUGCAAUGGAACAGGGCCCAAUGGAAUCCAAAUCUCCAUACACAAUGUAUUCAGAAACAGUGGAACUCAUCAGGUAUGCUAUGAGACUAAAGACCCACUCAGGCCCCAAUGCCACACCAGAGGAUAAACAGCUGGCUGCGUUAUGUUACCGAUGCCUGGCUCUCCUGUACUGGCGGAUGUUUCGACUCAAAAGAGAUCACGCUGUCAAGUAUUCAAAAGCACUUAUCGACUAUUUCAAGAAUUCAUCUAAAGCUGCCCAAGCCCCAUCUCCAUGGGGAGCCGGUGGAAAGAGCACUGGAACCCCAUCCCCCAUGUCCCCCAACCCCUCCCCCACCAGCUCCGUGGGAUCUCAGGGGAGCCUCUCCAAUACCAGCGCCCUGUCCCCUUCGACCAUCGUCAGCAUCCCACAGCGCAUCCACCAGAUGGCAGCCAAUCACGUCAGCAUCACCAACAGCAUUCUCCACAGCUACGACUACUGGGAGAUGGCAGACAACCUGGCCAAGGAAAACCGAGAGUUCUUCAACGACCUGGAUCUGCUCAUGGGGCCGGUCACCCUGCACAGCAGCAUGGAGCACCUGGUCCAGUACUCCCAGCAGGGCCUGCACUGGCUGCGGAACAGCGCCCACCUGCCGUAGGGACCGCGCCCUGCGGCCGCACUGUGCUCCCACCUCCGCGGACGGCUCAAUGUUUCUGGACACUGUGCUACUGACAUUCCCAGCCACAGCAUUUAUCAAAAUCCAGUGAAUAUUUUCUCAGCCUCGAACAAUGGUCUUUUCCCAGGGCAUGUGUGCCUGUAUGUGUGGGUGUACAAGCAGCAGCCUGUGUGUGUAAGAUGCACAGCUCUUAAAACCUAUUUUCUUUGUCUAGUUUCCAUAAUCCCAGGCUAGACAAAGUGAUCAGAGGUUUCUGAUUAGAGGAAAUACACUUACACACACACACACACACACACACACACACACUUUCUACUUCAAAGCUAAACCAUGACUUUUUAGAACAUUCAACCAAAAUCUCGCUGUGAGUUCACAGGUGCAGCACACGCAGCACACCAACAGCCUGACUGCCAGUGAAGACGACCUAGUCCUCACGUUGUUGAUGACUUUCAGUGUUGAUAGACGAUCCCCACUUACCCUCUGGUUGUCCGUGUUCAUGGGUAAUUGAAUAAUGAAAGUCAGUCACGUUUUGCUGGAUGUUUACUAGGUUGCAUGUUACCAAAUGCCCUGCCUUUCAUUUACUACUCGCCCCCUCCAUCCAACUUUAUCAUCAGCUAAAUGCGUGGUGAGCAAAUGGAUCCACUGCCCUGCCCCCAUCGUGGUCUGAACGUGGCGCAGAUGUUCGGCGAGAACUCGGUGCUUUUGGAAGCGAGCCAGCCAGCGCUCAGGCAGCCACGGCUGCGUUUGGGAGCCCAGUCAGGAACUGGAACCUCCUGCACCUGCAACAAGCCCGCCCAGCACCGGUGUUUCUUCUUCCUGCCUCUGUGGCACGCGGCUGGGGAGCCUUGCGGCACUUCUCAGCCUUUUAAAUGUGGCGAUUUUUUAAGCCUUUUCUUUCCACGAUAGCUUUCUUACAAACGUCUUGGCCAAAUCAGGACGCUACCCCGAUUGCCCCUUCACUGGGAGCCUGUGUGUGUUGCUUAUCGGGCUGAGAGCCUCGUGCUCCUGAUGGUGUCUGAUGCUCUCACGCCUCCUGCAGAAUGUGCCACGUUAAUGCAUUUUGAACGGGGGUACGUGUGGGGCUCUGGUUAGCUGGCUGCUUACUGCACAGGGUGCUGUUUGGGGUAGCGACCCCAGAACGUCACGCUCAUGUCCUCUGUGUUUGGUAUGUUUACGUCUCGCCCUUAACUCUUUUCUUUUUUUUAUUAAGUUUACAUUUUAAUUUUUUGACACCUGUUUACAGUUUUUGUCUGAAACUUGUUUAUUUUAUAGUCCCCUGUCAUGUCCUAGAUUUAGUCUUCUUAUUAAAUAUAUUUGGAUAUAAAAUUAUUGCUUAAAAAGAAAAACUUCUGGGGGAAAAAAGGAUGUACUUUGCCAUAUUUUAAAAACAAAAACAAUGUCCCUGAGGCCUCUCACUUGACCAUAUUGCACCAGGCUGGUCUGAGAAAGACCUCGGUGCGGUUUACGGAGCUCCCCCACCCUUUCUCCAGGGGGCGGUGGCGCCCAGCAUUUAUAACAGAUACUCGUGUGCUCUCACCAACGGUCAGUUGGUCCAGUUUCGAUGUUGACAUUGUCAGCCUGUUGGAUAGUGGAAGUAAGAUUGCUGUAAUUCCCUAGCUCUCAGCACUCUUUCAAAACUGUACAAAUGAUUGAUCUGUGCGCAUGGUGACCCGAAAUUAACUUAGAAAGAGCAAGUGAAGGGCUUAUGAAAUUGGCAUUUGGCUUUGGCCUUCAAGCAUCUGCACUGCUCACAGAGUUUGUUUUACUUUUAUCCAGCCGAGGGGUUUGUCACACCCUCUCGCUAGUCCUUGUGGGUGGAGUUCAUGAUCCCAUUCGUGUUGGGAAUUUCAGUCUAACUUAAGAAAUUGUGAACUGGUGUGUGGGGUGUUUUUGUUUGUUUGUUUGUUUGGAGGACUGAGGUUUAGUUCUGCUUGCUCUUGCUGAAUUCCGCUGAAAUGUUCAAACUCUCACAUAAGGGGUGACCCUCAGGUGCAUCCCCAGGUGCUCUGCUGGCCUCGUCCAUCUUAAAGCUGCAGGCCUAUGCGGUAUCCACGUGGUGUGCUACCGUGAAGCCCCAUCUACACACACAGGUGGCCUCUGGCGUUUUAUCAGUGUUUUGAAGACCAUGUUUCCCAACAAAACCUGUCGUGGUGGGGGUGGCCUUUCGUUUCAUCGUGGAGCACGAUGGGGCAGUGUGUGUUAGCUUGGAAGAGAUGAUUAUGGUAAGGAGCCAACUUCUUCUUGUUGCGUGUGAAAGUCAUUCAUAACUGUUCCUUUUAUUUAGUUUUGUUCAAAGUAGAAAUAUAUUUCUUGCAUUUUCUGAUUAUAAGAGCAAUACAUGCUUCAAUGUAAAAAUUCAGACAACAUGGAAACGUAGAAAGUAGAAGUAGUAAGUCCCACCCCAAUCUCCCCCCACCCCCAAGCAACCACUGUUCACAGCUUCAUGUCUGUCCUUCUAGUGACUCUCCUGUUUCAACAUGUACUGUCCAUUAUUAUGUCUUUCUGUUUGGAGACAUAUUUCCUUAGCCGUUCAGCACAAGUCAACUGACCUAUCCUUCCGUGUCCUGAACGGAUGCCACCCUUUAUCACAAUGUAAUCAAAUGCAUUCCUGAUCAACAUGUGGGAUUUGUGACUGCUCUACACAGAUCAGACUUAUGUGCAGAGUUGUGCCUGGAAAGAGAGGUUUGGUUAAAACAGAUAUUUCUGGAAACUUUCCAAUUACAAAUGGAAACUCGGACCCACGAUCUAAUGAGGAAUGUACUGGAAAAAUAAUCUGAAGAGCUGACAAAUUGUGUACUAGAUUGAACGCAUAGAACGCAAUGCAAUGAGACUCCCUGCACUAAAACUUACCCCAGUGUGUGCAACACUGAUGCGUGUAUUAUAUAACAGUGAUGUGUACAUUUCUGAAAUCCCAUGCAUACGAUACACAGUUUGUAUAAAUGCAUACAUUUAAAAAUAUAUAUGUACAAUACAGCUACCAUGAGACUGUAGUACGCCUGAAGGGUAUGACUAGUGCCUAACAUUGAGUGUAAGUCACUGCGUGUUCGCAUCACCUUGGAAGUACGGUAAUUGUUAUAAAAUUAAUCAGUGCAACCAACAUUAUUUAUGAAUCACAUCUUUGAAACUGUGCAGUAGUAUAUACAUAUAUAUUUUUAAACAACAUUUUUCACAGUUUUCCAGAGUUACUGUUGAAAUCUGUAUCACCAAAAAAAAAAAAAAAAGCAAGAUUUUUUUAAUGAUGUAGACACUCUUCAGACCCAGUAAUCUGUGUGUGAUUUCCUGUUUGUAGAUACCCAAGAGACUUUAGCAGUCACCAGCCUUAAUGCAUGUACAGGAUAUUAUUGUGACUUAAUUUAUCUGCAGUUUUUAAUCCAUGUGAAAUUGGAAUUUAUAAACUGACUUGGAUUAAAUAUGUCUGCCUUUCUAAGGUUGCAAAUGUUACAUUAAAUGAUUUAUGUUGUAAA